AUGGGAUUUAAUAGAAAUGUCUCAUUGGAUGAUAUGAAGGGAAGAAUUAACGCAAAAAUUGUUAGACAUUGUGGGAGAAGGAUAUCAAAACUUUUCUACAAGUUUCCAGUUUCGACAGAUCCUAUCAAAGUCACCAAAAUGGAACUUGUAGACGACGAAGACGUGGAGACAAUGAUAGCUCUUUACUGUGGGAAUGGGAGUGACAAAAAUUCACCGAUUCACUUAUUUGCUGAGUUAGCCGGUAUGGAGCAGAAUGAAGAUCUCACUGCAUAUGGUGAAGAACAUGCAACUGAAGAACCUGAAUCGACUAUACGUGGGAUCGAUAUCGAUCUUAAUGUUACACCCGAUAUUGACGUGGUUGGUGAUGAUGGAUACGAUAAUAGUGAUCAUUGUUAUGAAGAGGUCGAUAGUGAUAGUGAUCCCGAUGUGGACGAUGUCCCCUAUGAUAUUGACGAUGAAGAUGUGAAUGACGAUGGAAACAUUAACGCAUCUUCAGUGGGGAACCAGAUGCGACGUAUUAUGAUACACAAUAACCCUGGGCCACACAUGUCGCUCAUAGACCCCGACGCGAUGCAUGAAGUUGAGUUUUCGGAGUACCCUGAAAUACUUCCUGCUCACCGGCUGGCCAUAAAUUCUAAUCAUGAGGAGUUAUUGGUAGGCCAGAGAUUCGAAAGCAAAAAUGAGUGUGUAUUUUCUAUUAAGCGGUAUAGCAUGAAUAUAUCAGUGGAUUACAAAGUUGCAGUGUCUAAACUGACAUUAUAUAUUGGAGAGUGUUGGAAGUCAGCGGAAGGCUGUAAUUGGCGUGUACGAGCUGCAUUUAUUCAAAAAUCGCAGAUGUAG